UAUAGUGUGAAUAUUGUAUUAGAAUAUAAGCAUCGAUACGAUUGUUUGAGAAAAUAUAUAUGUCGGCAAGUAAGAUCUGUGAUCACUAUUUCUAGUUGGCGUCGCAUAUAUAAAUACUGACCUAUAAUAUUCAGAAGUGGUUUUGAACACGCCUUAUAAAUCGGGCCGUAAUUGCCAAAUAGACAGAUCUUGAAGAGUGGAGUGGAUUUAUGUACAUACAUGCCGGCAAAAAACAUAAAGAACCUUAUUAAAAAAGAACUACAAUUUCUGUGCUCUGUAAAUAAUUUGGAAACGUCGGGCACCAGGAAUGUACUAAUCUGGAGACUGCAAAGAGUGGGAAAACAACGAAUAGAGCAGAGCUUAUUAAAGUUGAAAAGUAAUUGUGAAUUCUACGAAAUGGAAAAUUCUGAGAAAAAUGCUGAUUUGACCAAAAACGACAAUGAAAAGAGAAAUGAAAACGUAAAGACAAACGACAAUGAAAAGAGAGAUGAAAAUGUAAAGAAAAAUGACAAUGAAAAGAGAGAUGAAAACGUGAAGACAAACGACAAUGAAAAGAGAGAUGAAAAUGUAAAGAAAAAUGGCAAUGAAAAGAGAGAUGAAAAUGUGAAGAAAAAUGACAAUGAAAAGAAAGAUGAAAGCGCAAGGAAAAAUGACAAUGAAAAAAUAAAUGACAACGAAAAGGAAAACGAUAGUGAGAAAGAAGAGGACAACGCAAAGGAAACCGACGAAGGAAAUGGAAAUGAAAACGUAAAGGAACAGAACAAAGAAAAGCAAGAUGAGAACGCGAAGCUGAAUAGAAAUGGGAAAGAUGACGACUUGGAUGUAAUUCUACAAAAGUUUGAAAUGUUUAAGAAGAAUGAGAAGAUUCGACAACUGGAAAUGCAACUGAUGGAGAUGGAAAUUCAAAAGAAAUAUGUAGAAAGUGCCAAAAAUAAAAUAUCACUGGAAAUGUUAAAAGAAAUGAUACACGUGUUUGAUGGUGACAAUAAAUUCGCUGGCUGGCGCACAAUGAUUAACGGUGUUCGGAAAAUUUACAAUGUUGAUGACGACAUGAUGCGAGCAGUGAUUUUUAACAAAGUUAAAGACAAAGCAUCGAAACUGAUUACGAGGCAGAAACUCCAGGUAUGCACUUGGAAAAGAGGACAACACUUCGACGAAUAUUUUUAAGAAAUGGAAUCGCUGGGAAAUGAAAUCGAUUUG